GUUGAGUUAAGCACCCUAACCUGCCUCAAAAGACAUUACACGACGUAACAGAUAAUAAAUCCUCUGUUUCAGUGUACUGAGAUAGUGAGUUGGAAGAAAAUGAGAGUGUCGAGAACGAAGAUGGACGAGACACCUUUCUUUUGACGAUUAUGAGCCGUUCAGAUUUCAUAGAAUAUCUCUCUUCGUAAUUUAGAAUGGACGAAAGUAGUUACGAAAAGUGCAUGGAGGUGAGGUUAACGUCAAAACACAAUACGAACGUAAAACAGGAUGUGACGAUUAAUCGAAAAUGCCUAAGCGGGACUGACAGUGGCGUAAUACUACGCACGUCGCGAAAGAAAGCAGAGAAAGUAUUUAAAUGAAGCAUAAAUCGAGAAGAAAUAAGAGUUACGAUCGUUCGUCAAAUACGUCUGUGAUAAUGUGACAAAUAAUUAGAAUCAUCGAUUGUUUAUUCGUAUUACAAUUUGUAAUACAAUUACGAUAUUUGCAAUAAUAUAAAAUAAAAGCAAAAAGGAAGAAAAAGUUAAAAAGGAAGAAUCGCAGUAAUCGCAACGAAGAAGGAAUAUCGAAGAAGGCAAGAUCGACGAAGAGCGAAAUAUUUGAGAGAAAUGCACGAAAAGGCCUUUUGGAGCGACAAGGAAAGAGUGGGGAGGCUCGCGGUAGAGAGAGUCGACGCAUCGAAGACGCUGUGCGAAAGAAUGAGAGAGAAUGAGACGAGCGCGAGCAGGAAGAGCGGCACGAGCGAGAGUCGGGGAGUUCGGGAGUACUCGGCCGCUCAGUCGAACGCGCGAUUACAAGCACACGAGACGCGUGGGCUCUCUCUCUCUCGACGACCAGGCUGAAAGUGUUUCGUACGCGACCACGUGCCGGCUAAACCGCCGGAACGUAACAGAACGAUACACGGCGAGAACAGAUACAUGGAGUGACAUCAUAAAGGACACAGUGCCGUUUGCACGCUCGCGAUCGUCUCCAUCGAUUUUCGCUUCGAUUUUCACGAACUUCGCAAAGUCUUUUUCUGUUAGAUGUGUUCUGGAGAGUGAAAAACAGUACGUGGUAACAAAACGAUCGUGACUUUGAGUAAAAUUUCCCGACGAGGACGGUGCGCGUGCAGUGAGUGGUUGGGUGAUUUGUUGGUGACUUGAAGUGAACAUUAAACCGAAAAAGAAGAACGACGAUCAACGAUCAAAUAGAAGGAAAUUUUGCGAGCUUGUUACAUCCAGAUGUCACGGGAGCAUCCUCGAUCGAAGUGGGAUUGAAGUGGAAGUAGAAGGAAGAGAGAAGGAAACAGGUUGGGGAUACCAACGGUCAGUAGUAGAGUGUGUGCAAUAGAAAUCGGUGUGCGUCGAAAGUAUCCACGUCCAGUCUAUAUUUUCUUCGACGUCAAGCGUCAUAAAUCGUCAUCGUAAAUCGGGAUAUACAGAGGGGAAUCAAAGUAGCGAGUAAAUCGAAAGAAAGAAAUCUGAGGAGCAGAAAAAGAAGGAGGCGAAAAGUGGGGACGUUUCAAAGGUGGUUUUGGAUGUUAGAAAGCGCGGGGGUGGCUAGAGAGGCCCCGCCGCAGGGUACGGGUCCCGAUGCCGGUCCCCGUAUCGCAAACCCUUACGCUGACCUCCACCCUCGUGCCCAAGGAGGAGUCAAACAUGCCCUUCAUAGACGACGAGCUUCUUUGGUGCCCUGACAAUGACGGCAAAAUGGUCGACUUAACGCAAUGUCUCCAGGGUUUAUCGUUUUAUCAGGAAAGCAGUACAGGGCAGUCGGUAGAAUUUUCCCCGAUGGAAUUGAAUGCCCUUGUAGGGACGCCGGCUGCUCCAAAUAUGCCGGCAGAAGAGGGCGAAGGAAUGGCUGGUGUCACAGGGGAAGAGCCCUUUGACACGUUGGACACAUUCCUUCGAGAAUUGCAAGCUGAUUUGGCUGAAGCCAGUCAACCCACGUCCACUACAACUUCCGUAACUCCUUCCUGUAGACGGCAGAGGUACAAUAUCGCAGCCGCAAAUCCUUUGUUAGCAGAGAAAUUGGCAGCUCCUUCGUCGCAAGCAUCUCCAACUUCUAUUCCGUACGCAACAAGGGCGGAAAUUAAAACGGAGAGUAUUCAGCCUGAAACAACGAAAGUGGACACGAGGGAAGUUCAGCCACACGAUGCGAGCGAGAAGGAACAACUGGGCCUGGCCAGCGUUAAAGCGGAACCAGGAUCGACCGGUACGACGACGACCAGCACGGGGACACGUCUGCUGCACGGUAUUCUCUCGCAGCAUCCCCAGCAGCACGGUCUAGGGGUGCAAAAUGGAUACGGCCGCCACUUGCCCGGCCACGCUCAAAUGGGCCAACCGUCCUACACCACUGCCACCAUGGCCACCACAAGCACGCCAGGAAGCGGAUCACUGCCAGCGAGCCCCGCGGACAGCGGAGUCAGCGACGUGGAGUCCAGCACGUCCUCGGGCGGUAACGAGGACGCGAAUCUCUUAUUGAAAGCAAGGCUCAAUCCCAAUUCGUCCCUUCAGCCAAGCCUGGCGUCUCAUCAUUCUCAUUUGUCGUCAGCAGCGCUCGGCAGGUCGGCCUGUCACAGUCCUGGUGUUUAUCCGUCGACGGCGGGCUUCCUGCCGCCCUCCUAUCAUCCUCAUCAGCAUCAUCCCUCCCAGUACCAUCCGCAUAGAGGGAGCUCGCCUCACCAUCAACACGGGAACCACACGAUGGGUCCCACCAUGGGACCGCCCCAUCAUCAUCACCAUCAUCAAACGCAGAGUCUACAACACUUGCAUUAUCGUCAGCCUCCUACAUUAUCCGAAAGCUACAGCAGUUAUGUGAACUCGAUGUAUGCCAGUGGGGCCCAAUUUGCAACACCUUGUACCCCUAGUCCACCACGGGGACCUGGAGGAGUUCCAACGAGUGUAAUUCAAGCAGCUACCAGUUCGGUUUCCGACGAUUUAUAUCUACUGGAAUUAGGUUUCCCUCCACGAUCGAAGAAGAACAAGUUGAAAAAACCGCGUCAAGGAGACGGUGCUGCGGUAAAAAGGAAAUCUCGCGAGGGUUCGACGACGUAUCUUUGGGAAUUUUUGUUAAAAUUACUACAGGAUCGAGAGUAUUGCCCUCGAUACAUCAAGUGGACGAAUCGCGAACGAGGUGUCUUCAAAUUGGUGGACAGCAAAGCAGUAUCUCGUCUAUGGGGUUUGCACAAGAACAAGCCGGACAUGAACUAUGAAACGAUGGGUCGAGCCCUGCGUUAUUAUUAUCAGCGUGGUAUCCUGGCAAAAGUUGACGGACAGAGGCUAGUCUAUCAAUUCGUGGAUGUACCGAAGGAUAUUAUAGAAAUUGACUGUACCGGCGCGUGAGAUAGGGUUCGACCGAAGGAACAGCAGCACGAGAGGCGAGCUAUACUACGGGAAAAGAGUGAUUCGUGUAUUUAUGCUGCAAUCUUUCGCGAGAACACAUCGUUAUCGUCAUCAUCGUUCUCAUCAAGCAGCUCUUCCUGCCACAAUGUGCUUACUUGGCACACCCCCCAGACGAUCUAAAGCAUACCCUCUCUCUGACUUCGUUUGUUCCUUGUAUUAUAAAUAUAUACUUAUAGAGACAUAUAUUAAAACGUGAAUAGCGCAUGCGCACGGAUGCUGCCGCGUGAGGAUGAGUGUUUUGUUUUUGUCGACGCGACAGUUGCCACGUACGGUAUACCUAUGCAACUACCGUAUAUUGUAAUUUCGUCCUCCUUUGGUCUUUCUUUUUUUAUUAUUCUUUGACGAUAUACGUCAAUAAUAAUCGUACUAAGCUUUACAACGUUUAUGUAUAUUAUAUACGUAUAUAUAUACAUAUAUGUAUAUGCAUACAUGUAUGUAUAUAAUAUGUAUACGUUGAGCUCGUUCAAAUUUGUACAAAAUUUAGUUUUUAAAAAUGCUACGGCACAAAUGUUAUUAAAUACGUUUUAAUCAAGAGUAAAUGAAGAAAGGAAAAAUUAAAAAUCUAUUACUUAAACAUAUAGCCGGAAUAUAGGCUAACAAUUGUACAUUCAAGAAUGCGAUAAAUUAUUUAUUGUAUAUUAGACGAUUAUAUAUGUUACCUAGAAAAAAAAAAAAAAAAAGAAAUUGUUAUAUAUAACGUGUCGAUGAAGGGAAUCAUAAGAAAGCAAAGGGGAAGUAAAACUUAACACAAUGUGCAUGCAUGUAUGUGGAAAGUUUGAAGAAGAAAAAAACGAAACGAAAUGAGGGCUGUGAAAAGAUUCAGAAAGGAAAAAAAAAUAUGAUAGUGCGGAAAUGAUAAAGAUGUUAAAAAGUUUUAAAGAGCGAGCUCAGGGAGAGGUACACAUAUAUACAAACACACAUUUGUACACAACACGUGCAUACGUGUGUAUGAUUGCACGCGGCUGUACAUCUAUACAAACACAGUAUCCACACACUAUAUUUUUUUAAAUAUAAGCGAAAAAAAAAGGGCGACUCUUCUAUUUGAGCUGAAGGUUCAACAAUGUAAGGUGCUGGCUAUACACACGAGGUCCAAGAAUGUUAUUUAGCAAGCUAGUGUUACUAAUUCAUAAAAAAAAAAAAUUAUUGAAACAGACAUUAUAUCUCUGUAUAUAUAAAAUUACACCUUUUAGUAUAUAUUAUUGAAUAUUAUAUAUAUAUUAUAUGAAUAUAUAUUGUAUGUUAUGUAGUAAAUGGAGUGAGUUAAUGUAUCUCUAUGAGAUUUUUUGUCACGUCUGCAUAGGAAGAAAUUUGAAUAACCGUCUAUCCGUAUGAUGUCUCUAUUCCUGUCUUUUUAUAUAGGGAAAAAAAGAAAGUAAACACUGUGGAAGCAUUAUCGUUUUUCUCUUGUAUUGUAGUUCUUUUUUUUUUUUUUCUUUUUUUUAAUAAACUAUCAAUCAUUGAGAUCAAACGAUAAUGAAUUGAUUUGCAUGGUCAGUGAUUUGAUUCUAUGAUCUGCAAAAAAAAAAAAAAAAAAAAGAAAACGCACAUCCGCGUGUUUCCUGUGCUCAGCUGGAAUUAGAGACAUCAUAUUUUUCUAAACGUUUUAGAAUAUAUAAUAGCCUUCCUAAGAUGUAAGGGGCGUUCGAAACAUGAUAAGUUAGAGAGAAAUUUAAUUUAUUGAGCAGCAGCCCGCCCCUAAAUAACGGACGUGAUGUGCGAGUGCAAGCGUAUCCUAUAGAAAUAAGUUUUGUACAUAAAGAUUCGUUGAGAGCAUACUUAGAAAAAAGAAUAUUAUGCUACGUUAUCUUCGUAAUCGUGGACAAACGAAAAAAGAGAAAAAAGAAAAAAAACAGGAGAGACAAAAGAGAUAAAAAGUGCAACUCAUCUUUGAGGCUUAUCUGCGAUUAGCCUCUGCACAAGUUCUUCUUGAUGAUCACCUCCAAACAUUUUGAAGAAGAAAAUAAAAAUAUAAUAAAUAAUAGAGAAUAUGAUCAAGUGCUGCCAAUAAUGCCUGUAAACGGUCCCUUGCAUUUUAACACUUAAAGGAAAAGAAACAAAAAACAAUAUUAUAAAGAAUUAUAAGCGCGGUUAUUAAAAUCAAGAAGAAAUGUCUUGGGACGCCAGACAUACCAGAUGAUACAAAGCGAAUUGCCUUCUUGUAAUUAACAAAAACGUGUUGCCUUCUAACAAAGAAAAACAUAUUAAAGAAAAAAAAAUUCUAGCAAUUUGUAUUUGUAAUACCAUCGACUUUAUCCGGGUACUUAAAGAAAACCUUUAACCCUGUAUAUCAUCCCCUAUUUGUCAGCAUAGAAUUUUGUAAUUUUUGUCAAGAGAAACAUAAUAAUAAUAAUAAUAAUAAUAAUAAUAAUAUAAUAAUAAUAAUAAUAAUUAUAUAAUGAAAAAGAUAAAAAAAAUUGAGAAACGUUUUUGGUACACGAAGACUUUUUUCAUAUCGCACUUUGCAUACACGUAUGAGAUGAAAAAUAUGCUUAAAAAUAAAAAAAAAUUAAUAAAGAGAGAAGAAUGAAAUACAUCAGAGUACAAUGAACAAAAAAGCAAGUACCUAUAAAUAAAUAGUACCACUUCUAUACAUAACAUCCACUUAUAAACAAUGAAUGGACACUGCAACAAAAAAUCCUAUUUUUAGGUAAAUUAAAUUUACAUAUACAUAAUGAUUGACUACGAUGCAGGAUAUUUUAACAAAUAAGACUUUACUGUAAUAGGGAUAAAUCUAUAAUUACUUACCUGUAAAAUAAUACGAAGACACGAUGGAUUGACGUAAGGAACUCUAAUGUAACGUUCUGUGAUUCGUUGUUUGUAGGUGAAAUUUAAUAAAAGAUUACUGUAUCAUAA